UAGCUUUGAUUUUGUGUAAAAAUCAGGAUUUGAGCAAUGGAAAAGAGAAAAUCAUCAGCAAAGCCACCUCUAAAGAAGCGAAUGGAUAAGCUUGACACUGUCUUUAGCUGCCCUUUCUACAAUCACGGUAGCAGUGUCGAAUGCCGAACUGAUAUGAAGAACUUGAUAGGAGAAGCUUCUUGCAGGAUUUGCCAAGAGAGCUUUAGCACUACUGUCACAGCUUUAUCUGAACCAAUCGACAUAUACAGUGAAUGGAUUGAUGAAUGUGAAUGGGUGAACAACCCUGAAGAUGAUGGUGCUUAGUAGCGGAUGGAAAAUUCUGUAUUUGUGUCAGCUCCUACUGGUGCAACUACCUAUAUUACUCUUUAGUCUUUAAUAGAGUUUGUAAAACUACAUGUACGCUAAAAACAAUGAGAAUAAUUGCUAUUGCAAUCUGUGUUUGUCUCGUGUCAAUUUUCAAUGCGCAAAUAGCUAAUUAUGUUUUCCAUUAAGGAAAGACAAGGUCUUACAUGUUAUGAUUGUUUAAUAAAACCUACUUCUGAAAGUGUCUCAUUACGGACGAGGUUUUUAGUAUUAUCAUUGUCUUUUGAAUGAAAUUGGUUAUAUAAAUUAAACGAUAUUAUU